AUGCUGGCCCACCGACGACCGCACGUUGCGCCCCACUUGCGCCGCGCCGCGCUGCGAGCGCUCAGCAGCGCCGUCGCCCCCUCUCACUUCGAUGUGGUCGUUGUCGGUGGUGGCCACGCGGGCUGCGAGGCCGCAGCCGCCGCUUCCAGAACUGGCGCCACGACUGCGCUGGUGACGCAGAAAUUGUCGACAGUUGGCGAGAUGUCAUGCAACCCAUCCAUUGGUGGUGUCGGCAAAGGCACCUUGGUUCGUGAAGUGGACGCUAUGGGAGGUUUGAUGGGCCAGGUGGCCGACUCUGCUGGCAUCCAGUUCCGAAUGCUCAACUCGGCGAAGGGACCGGCGGUGCGAGGCCCACGAGCGCAGAUGGACAGAGAUCUGUAUCAGCAGGGCAUGCAGAAGGCGCUGCGGGAGCUGCCCAACUUGUGGCUCGUCGAGGAGGGAGUGGACGACCUCAUGCUGGAGAAAGUGAGCAACAGCGACGAUGACGUGGAGGAGCGCGUUAAGGGCGUGGUGACGUCUUCCGGCCGUGAAAUUCAGGCACCGCACGUGGUUAUUACGACAGGCACUUUCCUCCGCGGAAUGAUUUACCAAGGGCCCGACAUCCGUAUCCCCGCGGGACGACACAUGCGCGACUCCGACGGACUCGAGCCUCCGGCCGUUGGGCUGGCUCAAACGCUGGAGCGCUGCAAGUUCCCGCUUGGUCGACUGAAAACCGGAACUCCGCCGCGACUUGAUGCGCGGACGAUUGAUUACACAGGACUGGAGAUUCAGCCGAGUGACGACCCACCCAAGCCAUUUUCGUUCCUGAACGAGCACAAGGCAGUGCCGCUCGCAGACAAGCAGGUGGAUUGCCACGCCACGUACACGAACGAGGAGAGUCACCGCAUCGUGCGUGACAACUUGCACAUGCUGCCGUCGUACGAUGGCGGCAGGGACGGCGAAGGCGUCGGUCCGCGCUACUGUCCGUCGAUUGACGCCAAGGUUGUUCGCUUCGCUGACCGCUCCAGGCAUCAACUUUGGCUUGAGCCCGAGGGCUUGAACACGCACCUUGUAUACCCGAACGGUAUCAGUACUGCGCUGCCCGAAAACCUGCAGCUUGAGUUGCUGCGCACCAUUAAGGGACUUGAGAAGGUGGAGAUCGUGCGUGCUGGAUACUCCGUCGAGUAUGACUACGUGGACCCUCGAUCGCUUCACCCGACGCUCGAGACGAAGAAGCUGCCGGGACUGUAUUUGGCAGGUCAGAUUAACGGUACGACGGGAUACGAAGAAGCUGCUGCACAAGGUGUUGUGGCCGGCAUGAACGCUGGUCUGAGCGCGAUGGGCCGAGAGCCGCUCGUGCUCGACCGCGCCGACGCGUUCACGGGCGUGCUCAUCGACGAUCUGAUAUCGUUGGGCACUACGGAGCCCUACCGAAUGUUCACGUCCCGCUCCGAGUUCCGUCUGCUGCUCCGUGCAGAUAACGCCGAUCUGCGACUCACCCGCAAGGCGUUCGAGCACGGCGCGGGUAUCCCUAGCGAGCGGAUCGAGAAGCUAGAGCGCAAGGAGAAGGCCCUGGAGUACGCUCGCAAGGCUCUGGACGAGUUUGUGCGCGACCCGCACGAGUGGAACCGCUACGGGAUCAAGGUGGGUCUGGACGGCGUGAAGCGCAGCGCGGCGCAGAUCCUGGCGUUCUCGACGGUGUCACCCCAGGACAUCGAGCGUAUCUGGCGUGAGGUCGGCUACGAGCACGCGGAUGCGCUGCCCGACGAGAUCAAGGAGCUCAUGAAGACCGAGUGCCUGUACGCGACCCAACUGCGCGCGCAGCACCAGGAGAUCCGCGUCUUCCGCGACAAGCAGCACGUGCAGAUCCCCGAGUGGGUGGACUACUCGGAGCUGCCCAUGAUCUCGAACGAGGAGCGCGAGAAGCUGCAGCGCGCGCAGCCGGCCACGAUCCACGCAGCCAGUCGCAUCGCCGGUAUCCGCUCGGCCACACUGCUGCUGCUCUACCAGUACGCAAUGCGCCAGCCUCACGAUGGACUCACCAAGAAGCAACGUCGACGCAGAGCCAUCGCCCAGCGCUCCGCCGAAGUCAAGUAA